GCUGCCCCUGACUUCUCCUUCCCCAGGAGCCUCGUUAACGGGACCUUCUCCGAAGUCAAGGACAGGAUGUUUUCGCACUUGCCCUCCCUGCAGCUGCUCUUGCUGAACUCUAACUCCUUCACUGUUAUCCGAGAUGAUGCCUUUGCCGGUCUCUUCCACCUUGAGUACUUAUUCAUUGAAGGAAACAAAAUUCAAACCAUUUCAAGAAAUGCAUUUCGUGGCCUUCGAGACCUGACUCACCUUUCUUUGGCCAAUAACCAUCUUAAAGCUCUGCCAAGGGAUGUCUUCAGUGACUUAGAUUCUUUAAUUGAACUAGAUUUAAGGGGAAAUAAAUUCGAGUGUGACUGCAAAGCCAAAUGGCUGUUUUUGUGGUUAAAGAUGACAAAUUCCACUGUUUCUGAUGUCCUGUGUAUUGGUCCAGCAGAAUAUCAGGAUAAGAAGUUAAAUGAUGUGGCAAGUUUUGAUUAUGAAUGCACCACUACAGAUUUUGUUGUUCACCAGGUUUUGCCCUACCACUCAGUGUCCGUGGAUACAUUCAACUCUAAGAACGAUGUGUUCGUAGCCAUUGCACAGCCCAGCAUGGAGAACUGCAUGGUCCUCGAGUGGGAUCACAUUGAAAUGAAUUUCAGGAGUUAUGACAAUAUCACAGGUCAGUCCAUAGUGGGAUGUAAAGCCAUUCUUGUUGGUGACCAAGUCUUUGUGGUAGUGGCACAGCUCUUUGGUGGCUCACACAUCUACAAGUAUGACGAAAGCUGGACGAAAUUUGUGAAAUUCCAGGAUAUCGAAGUAUCUCGCAUUUCCAAACCAAAUGACAUAGAGCUGUUUGAGAUAGACAGCGAGAUGUUUUUUGUUAUAGCAGAUAGCUCUAAGGCAGGUUUGUCAACAGUGUACAAGUGGAAUAACAAAGGUUUCUACUCCUACCAGUCACUUCAUGAGUGGUUCAGGGACACUGAUGCUGAGUUCCUGGAUAUAGAUGGGAAAUCGCAUUUAAUCCUCUCUAGCCGCUCACAGGUUCCCAUCAUACUCCAGUGGAACAAAGUUUCAAAGAAGUUUGUCCCACACAGUGAAAUCCCCAACAUGGAGGACGUCUUGGCUGUGAAGAGUUUUAGGAUGGAAAACAACCUGUUCAUCACCCUCACGAGGUUCAUUGGCGACUCCAGAGUCAUGAAAUGGAAUAGCAAACAGUUUGUGGAGAUACAGGCUCUUCCCUCCCGAGGAGCCAUGAUACUGCAGCCUUUCUCCUUCAAAAGUAAUCACUACCUGGCCUUGGGAAGUGACUAUACCUUCUCCCAGAUAUACCAGUGGGAUGGGGAGAAGAAGCUCUUUAGGUUGUUUAAAGAAAUCUAUGUGCAAGCACCGCGUUCGUUCACAGCCGUGUCAACAGAUCGAAGAGAUUUUUUCUUUGCUUCUAGUUUUAAAGGAAACACACAGAUAUUUGAACACAUCAUCAUUGACCUGAGUUUAUGAAAAGCUGCUGGAGUGAAAUUCAUUUAAAAUGGCAUUUAUACACAAGCAAAACAGAGACCUGUCCAAAAAUAGGGUGCACCUGUGGACCUGUGGACAGCAUUUUGCGGGCCUUGGAAACUUGCCUAUUAAUCAGGGAUUGCAUCUACUUGGUUACUGCAUGUCAUGUCCAUUUUAGCCUUUUUCAAAAACACUUUGCAAUCUGCAGUCAUUCAGAGGAGAGUGCUAUGCAUUAAGAUUAAUUUUGACAUCCAAGACUGGUCUGCAUUUUACCCCGAAACCUGCCUUAAAUUGGUUAUCUCAUUUAAAAAAAAAAAAAAAGGGCAAAGAGGAAAUCAUGCAAAGCAUAGAAAGGUCUUGAUUCCUAAACUAACAUCUCAGUAGUGAUAUUUAAGAUGGGAGGCAGCUGUGCAUAGUUGCUGAUGGACUAUAAAAGUGAACGGCAACUUUCCAAAAUGCGCUUUUUGUUCGGUUCUUGAGGAAUGUCUUCAAAGUCUUUGUGGUUUAUAAUAAGCCCAAGGCAUCACUUUAACUCAUUGCAGAUCAAAAGGAAAGCCAUAAUCCACUGCCAUUUUUCUUCCAUUAAUCG